CGUGUUAAAAGUUGUAAUAAUUGUGAGAAAUAUUUGAAAAUCCAUUGAUUUAAUGAUCAAAACCUGAUUUUAUUGUUAAUAAUGACCAAAAAAAUUAGAAAGAAAUACAACGAUUUGAGUGAAUCUGAGCUCAAAUUAAUGACAAUUCAAGAUAUAAUCAAAGAGUUGUUGAAGAGUUUAAGUGAUGGCAAAGACGUGAACCUAACGAAACUCAAGUGUGAAGUGUCCCAAAAAUAUGGUCUGCAAUCUCAGCCCCGAUUGGUUGACAUCAUAUCGUGUAUACCUUAUGAACACAAACAGCUAUUGCUUCCCAAACUUCGGGCCAAACCUAUCCGUACGGCCAGUGGUAUAGCAGUGGUGGCCGUAAUGUGUAAACCCCAUCGCUGUCCACACAUUAAUAUGACUGGAAAUAUAUGUGUCUACUGUCCGGGCGGUCCGGACAGUGAUUUCGAGUACUCGACUCAAUCGUAUACGGGUUAUGAGCCGACAUCUAUGCGGGCCAUAAGAUCUCAUUACAAUCCAUACCUCCAAACUCGUAACCGAGUCGAGCAGUUGAAGCAAUUGGGACACAAUGUGGACAAAGUUGAGUUCAUCGUUAUGGGCGGCACUUUCAUGUCUCUGCCCAAUGAGUAUAGGGACUACUUUAUCCGCAAUCUUCACGACUCACUG